AAUAUAACCUAUAAGUAGCUAUUUCAAAUGAGCGCGCAACUUGCUGAGCACACGACGGUUUUUUUGAAAGAUGAGUUCAUUAUUAAAGCAGUUACGCGAAACAAAAUCGUUUCUUUAUACAUUGCAGAACAACGUCAAUAGCAAACAGGAUGUCCUCGCAUGGUUCCAGGAUUUGUGUGGAAAACUUUGUGAUUUGCUGCUGAAAAUCGCAGAGAGUGUGCGUCAAAAUGGCGAACCAAUGAAUCAAAUUGACAAGGAAACAAUGCUAUUGUAUCUGCUGCAACUCAACACCACACUUUCUGUGCUGAUCAAAAUAUUUACUACUGAAGGUGAUAUUGGCAUAACAAUUAAUGAGUCGCGCCAAUGUAUUCUGCAGCAGAUAGCAAUGUGUCUAACUGGACUGGAGAAUGUCCUCAACUCCAAUGUGGUGGCAACAAAGAAUGUUGCCUCUGUUGGUUUUGUAAAAUACAUGGAUCUUGCACUUGAUAAGUUGACUGAGAUUGAUGUAGAGGGAGAAUUGAAGUUGGUUUGGACCAGCACAGAGAAUGCCAGGCAAGUGAUUGAAGAAGUGCUGUGUCAUGCUAUGUCCAUUGCUCAGGUGGCACUCAAGGAUGACUGCAAUGUCAUCAAGGGUAGUAGUAAGGAAGUUCUUCAUAAUUUUGAUUAUCUGGUUAAAGAAUUGCACCAGCCAACACCGCGAAUUUCCAUGUGUAAUCUAUUCAUCGACGCUGCUUGCGAUAAACUCUGCGCGCUCGAGCGCAAAGUGAAUGCGGCCGUGUUGAAGUUGUCCUUGAAAGUGUUCUCCGAAUGUGCUAAACCCCUGGAGGACUUGCACAGGUUUUGUCUACGCAGUCGACAGGACGAAGCGGCGUUGGAUGAAGCGGUGGCUGAUUUUGACUUGCAUGUUGACCGUAUGAUUCAAGUGGGACUGUUCGCAGUCUCCUGUUCUUCUGAUCGUAACUGCACACUUCGGAUGCGUAGUUGUUUGGCAUCUCUUGAGGCGCUAGAAGGUGAGCUGGUGCCGGCGCUGACUACGCUUGUCCAGGACUGCGCCGUGCAGAAUCUCUACCAUGCGGAAAUGCUUAAACACUAUUGGUUGCGGCAGGCUGGUGAUCUCAAGAAGCAUAUUUACCUCAUCAUCGAUCCAUUCGCGUUUUGUCAGGUGACGCAUGAGGUCAUCCGAGAUAUCAACGCUGAACUCGAAGAGCGUUUCCGCGAAGUUUCAGCCGUUGAUAAGAGUCAUAUCAAGCCAAUCACUCUUCAGGCGAAGAUUCUCUAUGAGAUGCUGCUUGUUAGUCUUGUGGAUAGUCCAAUUGAGAACCAGGCACUCAUACGGAGAUACCUCGACGACGUUAUUUGUGUAACAAUGGAAAUUGACGCUGCCGCUGAGAAACUGCUCUCCGAUGGUGAUGGCGAGAUGUGUAAAACGAACGUCUUGAGGGUUUUCAAGCGGUGUAAGGUGCAGGAAAACAUCCUCAAGAAACUACUCGACGCCUUGAGUAAAUCCCCAACGUCGUGUAAGGCGAAGACAGUGUCAGCGCCGACCACGCCGUCAGAGAACAUCGCCGUUGAAGAGGAACAGGCGAUGGAGCACAUCACCACGCGCGGAAAGCAAAUACUCAGGGAUAGAAGUGUGCUGUACAAAACACCCAAUAAGGCUCCACUAAACAUUGCCGUACAACAACUACAUGGUCGUGUACCGCAGCCGUUAUCACGCCUGCUUCACCAGCGCAACAUGCAAUUCUCCCAUUCACGCUCCGAAACGACAUCUUGCGAUCUGCAAAUAACAGAUAUCCUCGACAAUCUCACGCUGCUUUCUGCGUCCUUACAACAGUGAUCACAAAAUCAGAUUGUUGUAAUGCAGACAAUUUAAGUUUUUCAUAUUCUCUCGCCCGCGGAUCGGGCUCCACCUGCCUAUUGUCACAAACUCCUGCUUCUGGUCAUUUUUGCUGCUUUGCUGAGGCGGAGAAGUAUGCUCAUCUUUGUCGUCAAUGGCUGUUUCAACUGCAGCGUUAUAUUUUAGUCUUAUAUGUAGCUGUUUUUGGCAUGGAGGAAGACAAGGGUCGAAAACUUCUUGCGGUUUGUAGCGGCGGCGACGGCGAUGUCGUAAUGCAAUGGGCAAUAUUCUUUUUAUUGAUUUUAAAUGCUGAGCGAAGAUGACGCGGAAAUUUGUGUCGUACUCUUUUGUACUAGCUGAAGCUGGGCAAGUGCACAUUGAACGCCAAUGAGGAAUCAGUUUGAAGUUGAAGGCUUCAUAGAACGCCCAAUUGUGCUCGAUGGCUGUUGCGUCAUGCGUUUGCAGUAAGCGAUGUGAAUACUAACAAAGAAACAAACGAAUACAUCUGUAUAAUCUAA